UACCUUUUGUAAUCGAUUGAUAAAGAAAAGAGCUAAUAGAAUUAACGCCAUAAAAGAGGUAAAGAAGUAGUUUUGAAGGGGCGAACUUUUUUGCAACCCUUUAAACUGUAAAUAUUCCGACACGAAAAAUUGCAUGUUUUUAGCGAUCUGAAAUAUUUCAUUAUAUUCCAAUUUGAUCUCAAGAGGUUAGACAAGAUAAUUAGUGAAUAAGUUGAAGUACAUAUAAUAAUAUCAUGCAGUUUCUUACCGCCAAAUCAUUACUUUAUGGACGAGUUAUAUUUCUUUUAACCAUUUCAUUUUAUUUGGUUAAGGAUCCUGAAUUUCUUAGUACUAUUGGUUUUGUAGUUAUUUUAGGUCAAGCCAUGGAACUUCCAUUUGUUAGACUUGAUUCUAAUAAUCCAUUAUUAGGAUUAUUAGCUAUUACUUUUGGUUCAUUAGCAUUAUCUGAUGUUGUACCUUUAAUUGCUAAUAAUUUAGAUUAUUUUGAAUCUUUAGUACCUAUCAGAUUAUCAAUAGCCUUUGGUAUUGCAUCAUAUACAUAUUUCUUUAAGGAUUCAAUUAUAAGUAAUGGAUUAAUAUUUACAUUUUCAUUUUUCGAAAUUUGGAUUAACUUUUUGAUUUAUAAUAAUUUAAGAGAUGAAAAGUAUUAUCGAGUUAAAAAGUAUAUUGAAGAGAAUGCUGAUGCUAUCCGUCAAGCUCAAGAUGAUCAAGUCAUAGUUGUAGAAAAUGAUUAGUUAAAAUGUAUAUAAUGUAUAUAAUAUAUAUAUAUGUAAAUAUUUAAUUAACAAAGUUUAAAAUAGUCCAU